UUGACAAAAGGCCCUCCCCCUAGUUUUACUCAAUCUCUAUAAAGCAGUCAAUUGUAGCGGGCGACUUUUCAUUUCCGUGAAGAGGAAGGAACAACAACACUCUACUUAAUAGACGUGAUUUUACCCCUGUGAAGUAAAAUGGCUCAGUUUGUACCAGGCCAAAUGGUGGUAAUGACUCAACCUCAGGCUGCCCCAGCGAAGAGUGAUUGGAGCAGCGGACUGUGCAGCUGUUGCGAUGAUAUUGGAGUGUGUUGCUGUGGGAUUUUCUGUACAAUUUGCCUUGGAUGUCAGAUUGCGGGGAACAUGGGCGAGUGUUGUCUCUGUGGUACUAGCAUGGCAAUGAGAACCCUCAUCAGAACGAAGUACCACAUCAAUGGAUCUCUAUGUGGUGACUGGUUAGUGACCAUGUGCUGUCUCCCGUGUUCUCUCUGCCAAAUUAAAAGAGAAAUAAAUUACCACCAGUGAUGUCAUUGGUGUUCAUCUCUGACUGUUGUACUUCACGUGCUCUAACAAGAUGCUGUUCAUUGAUCUGGAAAAAGAAGAUUGGAUUAUUCGAAAGACCAAAACCAUUCAUUGUCAUGGAAGUAAAGUUGUGUUCAACAAUGACACAUUAAAAUCUCACAACCACUAUGUUAUACUCUUUCUUUAAACCUUGUAAAUUAUUGCUCACACAUCUGAAGUUGUUUCUCCUCUCUUCCCCCCCCCCCCCAAAGAGUUGUGAUUUUUCACACCCUUUGGGGAAGCUCUCAUCAGUGACGUACAGAAUGAUUAUUCUCUCCAUGUGGGAACUGGAAUUCUUCAUGUUUAUGGAAAGGGGCCAUCUUUCAGACAAUUCUAAAUGGGUCAAAAGUCGAAUUUUGUGAAAGAACAAAGCUCCAGUUAAGUGUUAUUCUAAUUCAGUUCUCCAUUUGAUUUGAAAUAACUUUCUAAAUUUAUUUUCCAUUGGUCACCUAUAAACAGAUAAUGUGAAGCAUUUCCCCAAGUUAAAUGCCUGUUUUUGCUUUUUUUUUACAUAAUUGUAUUGGCAGUUGUUUUGCCAGUGACUUUCCUAUUUAAAAACUGAAUUGACUCGAUGUGUGCUGAAUGUCAGAGUUCCAGUUCCCUACUUCCCCAGAUGAGAAAUACCUUUAAUGUACUGCAUCCCCCUUUCACCCUGUGCACAAGUGAUUGUCUUGGUAACAGGCAACUAUACAUAAUGAGAAAUUAAAAAGUUGUGUAUUGUAUACUUCUGGUGGUUAAUCUGCUGUAAUUUUUGAUUUGAAUAAAAAAAUUUAAUUCUGUUUAA